AACACCAGGACCCUGCUCACAUACUAUUUUACCUUCCCACCCCAGCAUUACCCUGGAGUACAACCUGCGGAUCUGGACGAGGUGCUGAAGAAGGGAAUUGACUUACUGGUCAUCGGCAGAGGCAUGAGUGAAGCGCUGCAGGUUCCUUCUUCCACUCUGGACUUUGUGAAGCAGAGAGGCAUCGACGUCAAAGUCUUGCAGACGGAGAAGGCCGUUGCCGAGUACAACAAAUUGGCUAACCAGGGUGCCAAGGGGGGGGGGGGCUUCCACUCCACCUGCUGAUGUCCCCCUUGCCUUGCUGCAUCAACUGAGAUGACCAUCACAAGAUGGGGACAGCCUGCAGUGCACCACUGCCCACAACCUGUUUCACCAGUAUAGCUGGCACCUUCUAGCUCUCAGCAUUUCUCAGCAUGACUACAGCCUAUUGACUUAGGGUAAGACAUCUUGAUUACAGCAUUACUCUACUCUACAAGCGCUUAUUUUAGCCCAGGUUGUGCCAGCUGCUCUGUAGAAGAGCACUAAGCAACUUUAGAGACCCAAUAUCAGUGAACAUAUGGAGGAAAGCACUUCAGGAGGCUUGGUAUAAUGACUCCAGGUAUUUUUAGACAAAAUGUGUCAAAUGUAAAUGUAACUGUCUAAACAGAAGAAUCCAUUUUGUCACUGAUAGUCACAGAGGUGUCAUGAUUCGGUUCCACUGCUUCC